UUAAAAUGGCUAAUGAAAUUAAGAGAUUUAGCAACCGAUACAAUAUUUUAGAAAAGAAAGCUGAUUAUUUUCAAACGAAGUCAAAUUUAUUAAUUAAAGAAAAUAAAGCCCUAAGAAAAGAGGUCAACGCUCUAAGAAAGGAAAACGAAGCAAUAAGAGAAGUCAUUGCGCAUUCAAUUAACAUAAAUAAUCAUAAUGUAGAUCAAUAUGAGAAUGAAAUAAGAAAACUUUGUCAAAUUAUCGAAGAAAUUCUCUUUAAAGAUUUUGAAACAGUAAAUAGAAUAUUAUUUUCUAACGGAAUCGGAUUAAUUCAAGUUUCGGCUCCUCGAAAAUGCUAUAAAAGUUUUGAAGAGGCCUUUGAAGCAACAAAUAAUUCCGAAAAAAUAGUUGAAAUUGACGAUGAAGGAAACGCAAUUAAAGAACUUCAUUGCCUCAUACAUUUUCAUACUGGUGAAUGUUCCAACUCAAAUCAAAGAAAUAACGGCGAUAAAUGUGAUGAUAGUGAAGAAAAUAGUUUCAAUGAGGCUAAUGAUGGUGAAGAAAAUAGUGAUGACGAAGAAAAUGGUGACGAUAAAGUCGAAGAAA